ACUGUAUAUAAACAACAAAAACUAAUGAAUGAAACUAAAACAAAUUAAGAUGUACGCUAAGCUUUUGGUUGUAUUGGUGAUAGCUGCUCUUGCGAGCAGUGAAAUUAUCAGAAUUCCACUGAAGAAACAGACUAAUCAUGGGCAAAGAAGAUUACGUAAUAUCGCCAGAAAUGGACUACGCAGUAGAUUUGGGGGCCAAGGAGUAGUACCUUUAGUCAAUGAAUAUGAUCUUGAUUAUUAUGGAGAAAUCGGUGUUGGAACUCCCCCACAAAAGUUUAACGUAAUUUUUGACACGGGUUCUACUGAUCUUUGGGUUCCUUCGGCCAAGUGUACAAUCUAUUCGGGUCAACAAAACGGUUGCCAAAACCACAAACAGUACGAUUCUAGUAAAUCUUCAACCUACGAAGCCAACGGCAAAUCCUUCUACAUCCAAUACGGAUCUGGAGAGUUAAGCGGUUUUCUAUCUGAAGACAGUGUAGAGAUUGCCGGUCUUGCUAUAAAAAAUCAAAUAUUUGCUGAAGCAACUGACGAAACCUCUCAGUCUUUCGUUACUAGUACAUUCGAUGGUAUUUUAGGAUUAGCUUACCCACAGCUGUCAAAAGAAAAGAAUCCUCCAGUUUUUCAAAACUUGAUUAGCCAAGGUGUCGUUGACAAACCAGUAUUUUCCUUUUACCUGAGCCUAUCUGCAAAUAACGAUAAAGGAGAACUGUUGCUUGGUGGAUCAGAUUCAAAGUACUAUAAAGGAGACUUCGCCUAUUCACCAGUAUCACGAAAACUCUAUUGGCAAGUUACUGCACAAGGUAUUUCUGUUGACAACCAUAACUUAUGUCAAAAUGGAUGUGAAGCUGUAAUAGAUACUGGUACUUCUUUGAUCUAUGGACCAACCGAAGACGUUGAAGUUAUCAACAAGGCAAUUGGUGCACAAUUUGACUAUUCUGAAGGUGUUUACACCAUUAAUUGCAACACCGAUUUGAGUAAUCUCCCUGAUGUUGUAUUUGCUUUUGGAGGCAAGAAAUUUGCCAUUCCUGCCGAAGCCUACAUCGUCAAAGAUUCAGGUAUUUGUGUAUCAAGUUUCUUGCCCCAGGAGUUCUUCCUCAGUGGUUUCGAUUGGCUCGUAGGAGAUUCAUUCCUGAAGACCGUUUACACUGAAUUCGAUUUUGGUCAAAAUCGUAUUGGCUUUGCUGAACUUGCUUAAAUAUAAAUGUAAAUUUGUAAAUAGGUAAUAAUAAAAUAGUGAUAAUUAAUAAAAGAAA